AUGGCUACAGAAAGAAGUUCAAUUAAAGUUCCAUGUGAAAAUGAAGACUUACCUGACAAAGAAAAUGCACCAGGUUUUGACGAGGACACUUUACGAGGUGAGCUGUCAACUUCAGCUUCAGUUAUUGUUAGAAUAAGUUCUAUUCCAUCAGUUUCAAGAAUGUAAGCAGCUGUGGAGAAGGAUAAAUACACUGUACGACCACUUUAAAGGAGAUUUGGCCAGUUAUGACUCUCUUCUCUGAUUACAAUAUGCUGUUCAUUGAGAAGAUCUAUGACACAGAAACCUUUGUUAUUUUCUUUCUCAAAGUUCAAAGCAAGUUUACAAAGUUAUAAUAAGUAAAGACCAUAUUUGAUCAUCGAUAAUAUAACAUCCAUUGCGUAAUUUUGCAUGAGUAUAUCAUCAUUGUCAUCAUCUUUCCAUUAUGAUGCAACAAUCACUUUGAAAGCUUCAACAUCCCGUCCCUUCUCUUCAAGCAACCCACAGGCUUUUCAUCAUUAUCCAAUCCAAAGGGAGGGAGGGGGAGAGAGGGGGGAUUUGAACCUUGCCUGACGUCAGUCAGGGAAUUCGAACAAAAAGUGUGAGUUAGGGAAUUCGAACAAAAAGUGUCACAACUAAUCUCCAGUAGAAUGAAAAAUUGAACAUGGAGGUGUUUAAGGUAGAUGGUGCACUUUCACUUUUAAAGCCUAGUCAAUUAGUUGAAAGUCAAAUUGCUAAUUGUUUUGCUUUUUAAAUGAAAAUUGUGUGGGGAAUUUGAACACAUUAUUAAUUUUCCCAAGGGAAUAAGAAUUUUAGGAAACCUAUCUCCAAAAGUUUAAAUGCCCAAGGGUUGCUUCAAAUUGAGUGAUACUUAAUUUUCAUCAUUGAUAUAUAUAUAUUGCCACUGUUGUCACCCACCUUAUCAGCAUCAUCAUAACUAUUAAUCUCAUUUUCUUUGUCAUUAUUCUCAUCAUUUAUAUAAUAACUGUUUGUCUAUUAGUAAUAUUGCUUCUGGUUUUUAUGAUUGCAACAUUUGGAUCUUAUUGACCCAUUAACCAGCUUUCUAAAUGUAUUAAAAGCAAUAGACUCUUCUAGUCUAUCCUAUAAUUAUAGUGACUCUCUCUGAUUAUCAGGGGGUCUCACAGACACAGAAUGAGACUCAGUUCAGUCAGAGAAGGUCAGUUCCACCCAGAAACAUCACAUUAGAACUCCAGAUUUCCCACAUCUGUUAUCUGGCCUUUGGUUAAUCUUCAGGGUUCUUAUCUUAAUUUUCUUGAUUGUUUCAAAAUAGGAAUUACACUUUCUUCUAAACAACAAUCACAACAGCAACUGAGUCUGCUUGGUUGAGCUUUCAACCAAAAAAAUCUCUCAUGAACUUACUGAUUGGGGUCUCUCCCGUGAAGGAGGAGGGGGGGACUGCCUACAUCAUCUAAGCUUUUCAGGGGAUGGGUCAAGUCAAGCAGGUGCAAAAGGAAAAAUGCGCAGAUUUUAAAUCUCCAGAUCUUGGCAGCUCUGCUUAUACACUUAUAGUUAUUAACUACAACCACAGACUUUGACACAAAUUAUGUUUUAUUUUUUUCUUUGCAGCCACAGCUGAUGUUUGUAGGAAUGAGGGUAAUGAGGCCUUCAAGAAAGGAGAUUUCAUCAAUGCUAUUUAUUUUUACACUGAAGGAAUUAAAUUGAACUGCAAUGAGAAAGUACUGAAGGCUAAACUGUACAACAACAGGGCUAUUGCACAUUCUAAACUUGGUAAGAUGAUGAGAGCUUUAAAAUGCAUUUUUUUACUCUUUUGAAGCUAUUAUGCUGUCUGUAGUAGUUUUCUGAAAAAGAUGAUAAUUUUGAAUGCAUGCCCGGAAAAAUAUACAUCUCAUCUUGGCCUCUCAAGUAUACAAAGAAGUAACCUCGUACCCCAGAUAUCAAUGAGGAUCACAAGUUUUUCCCAAAAUUAUUGCAAUGGAGUGGUAGUGGGCUUGCUACAUGUAUGGCUAAUCAGAGAUAUUUAUUUUUAAUUACAGGAAAUCAUCAAGAUUCACUAAGGGAUGCAGAAGCAGCCAUUGAGUUAAAUCCAACUUUCCUUAAGGCAAUUGUGAGAGGUUAGAUGUGUUAGCCGUGCAAUAAUUAAAUGAAAAUAAUAAAGAACUCCACAUCCUAAGGUUAAAUGAAGUUAAAUCUUGUCUCAAUUGACUUUAAUUAAGAGGUCGAGACCACUCUGAUGUAUAUUUGAAUUCAGCUCUUGACUGCUGUGCCAUUACUUUCCAUUAAUUACGAUGAUAAUAUUAUUGUGAGCUGGAUGAAGAACUCAAUGCGGAAUGCAAAGCAAAAUUUCAGCAUGAAUAUUUUAGUUCCUUAAGCUCAACGAGUGAGGUAGUUAAGUGUCAGAUAUGUUUAGUCAUUAUGUAACUGUUUUAAAAAGAAGUAAGAAGUAGUUCUUAACUCAAAACUGUAAGAAAACUGUCCUCAUUCGUUGAGUAUAACUCAACUUCAAGUGCUAUUAAUAAUACAAGUAAUAACAACGUAACUAAAUAGACAGCAUGAGUAAAUCUUAUUCUUGGUGAACUUCAAACCCUAGUUUGAGUCGUUUCCUUAUUAAGAAAUCAAUUAUCAACUAAUUGAGUAAAUCAUAUAUGUUAACUCAAACUAAAGGGAAACUAGUAUUAAUAUAAUUAACGUAGUUCUUCAAAGAUCCACUAAAAGAUGUACCAUUAUAAAACUUUAAAAAAUGGGUCUCAUUUUUCCGUAUUUAAAUUGCAUGUCUUAUAUUCUAUUUAUAAUUAUGUCUUAGUGAUUUUUUGGGAAUUGUCGGUCCCAAUUUAAUGUUCUUAGAAGUUUCAGUUGUCCAAAGCUAAAUAAAUCUAACUGAAACCUAAUAGGGCCUGGUUUUCUUUUCCAUUAAGUUUUUUUAUUUUAUUCUUUUUUGUUUUUCUUCUGGUCUGUAAAGAUUUAACUUUCAGUGGUUUCAGGUUCUUUUCUUAGAAUUGAGCUACAGUGAUAAUAUGCUUCUAUGUGUUGUUGCCUACAGGAGCCACUGCCUGUGUUGAACUGAGGAGAUUUGAAGAAGCAAUCACUUGGUGUGAUAAGGGAUUAGCUGUAUCCUUUGAAGGAAAUUUCUUUCAUUUUUAA